CAGAGAUCUCGAAGAACACAAACUUUAGCAAACAAACUGCCAAAAACAUACGAAAUUGCUUUAUGUUUCAGUGCAACAGUUACAGCUGUUCAUCAUGUUCUUGAAGUUCCAUGUAUUUGUUCUUACUGUAAUGCUAAAUUAUUCUCUGAUGAGACAGAAAGCAUAUGUUGUAUAAAAGGAAAGAUUAAAUUAGCUUCGACUGAAUCUUUCGCAUCUUUGAAGAAUUUAUAUACUAGAUGUGAUGAUGUAGGGGAUGAAUUCCACAAUAAUAUUCGUGCUUAUAAUAGUGUUUUUGCCUUCACAUCCAUAGGAGUUAAAUUAGAUAAAAAACUGGUCAAUGAAAUAAUUAAAACAGUGUUGGACAGAUUUGAUCCUUUUGUUGCCAACUUCUGUUCAAUUGUUGUAAAUACUAUGGAUAAUCUUCAUCUAUUUAUUAAAGCUGAUCAUGGCCUGGAUCAGUAUAUGUACAAUAAACCAACUGCAUCACAGGUUGCAGCUAUAUGGAUAGAAGGGCAUAGCCAUUUAGGCCCUAUGAAUGAAAUCUCACUGUUGAAUCAAAAUCAUGAAGUUUACAAUAUAUUUCUGAGAUGA